CCAUCACUGCGCAUCGCCAUCAUGGCUCUUUCUCUCCGCCGUCCGCAGCCCAUCUGCAGUGCGUGCUGUCGCACCUUCGCCACCACCUCACCACUGCGCAUGCAACUGAAGAAAAUCGACCGCAAAGACCUCCCAAGCGAAAUUCCAGCCUACCCCUACCCGGCGCAAUGGUACAAGCAGGCCGACCGCGGCCUCUACGGUGGGCAACGCAUUCAAUUCGGAAACAAUGUCGGCGAGGACUCCGGCACCAAAACGCGUCGCAGCUGGGCUGUCAAUGUUUUCCACAAGAGAUUGUUCAGCAAGGCUUUGAACCGCUUCAUCCAAGUCAAAGUCAGCUCACGCACAUUGCGGACGAUCGAAAAAGUGGGAGGAUUGGAUGAGUACUUGCUGGGCGAGAAGACGGCAAGAAUCAAGGGACUGGGUGUGAGGGGGUGGGAAUUGAGGUGGGCCAUCAUGCAUACUCCUGCGAUUCUGAAGAGAUUCGCGCGGGAGAGGAAAGCGCUUGGUCUUCCAGAAUUGGAAAAGAGCGUGGAACAAUUGGAAGCGGAACGAUUGGCUGCGAUGGACCUUCACAAAGCUAUCGGUCGCAAGACGCCGGUGGACCUGGAUGUUGUCGAUGUCGAACCAGUGGGAGAGGGGUUGCAAGAGGUCAUUGACCAAGAAGUCGAUCAGGCAGUCGAAGACAUCGCCAACAACACGGAGGCAAUCGUGCACGACAUUUCUGCAGCGCCUGCCGCGGUCAUCGCCGCCUCCCUUUCGCCCACCCCACUGCACUAUCCCAGAGUCAAAGUCGGCCGCAGAAGAACCUACAUGUACCUCACUCCCCUUGGCUGGCGCGCAAAAGCCCCUCGCACCGAACAAUCGCCGAUGGCCAAAGUGAAGCAAGCAAGAGAAAGUGCUACUUGGUCGGAACGCAAGGAGGCUCAUAAGCGCAAGCGUGUACUGGCUGCCUGGCGGGAACAGGUGAAGGCGAAGGUGGGCGCAGCACGUGCUAUCCUCGAUGCUCAGAAGACCUCCGGAGAAUCCACACUCAACCCCAGGACAAGACGAGCGGUUCUGCACCACGUACGAGUGAUUAUGAAGUCGGAGGCGAAGCGGUCGAGAAAGUUGGGGGCAUCUGCGAAGGCGAAGAUCACGCCUCCGGAGCGAACGGCAGGGCUUCGCGAAUCGUCAGAACCUGUACUGUAAACAAUACAUCGUAUGCGGCUUGAUAUUCAAUAUGUGGAAGCGAAAAGUAGCGCGCCCCCUGAAAUUCCGCAAAAGUAAAAAUCCGCAAUUCGAACCUCCUUCCUAAUUCAGCAUUAUCACACUCGAACGCGCGACCAAACAAAAAACGAAACGCCAUCCACGUCACCUCUCUUUAAGAGGUGCGAGACCAGACGAAGCUAAACUCAGCAGCGCACAUGCAUCCCUUUCGGGCCUCCCACGGGGCUUGGUUUUUGCUUUUAAGAGCCUAGAGUUAGCAGCAGUUAAAGGGGGGGAGGGGUAGGACCAAUCCACUUCAGCCUUUGGUCACGCGCUGAAGUGGUGGUUAGAGUGCGGGCACAUUGUUUACGUCUAUGUAGUCGUGAAGGCGUGGCGAGGUUUAGCCGGCGGGAAAUGAGGUAAUCAGGG